UUGUCUGCUCUGUAGAUAAUGGAUUGGAGAGCAAGACCAGAGAUUAGGAUACAGAUGAGAAACAGCUGGAAAAAUCCAGGUAACACUGUGGUGGCUCAGAAUAUGGAGGUGGCAGCACAAAUGGAACGGGGAUGGUUAAAAGAGUCUCAGCUAUCUGACUUCAUGUGAAAGAUGGCUAAUGCAGAAGUGAGUGUCCCAGUGGGGGAUGUGGUUGUGGUACCCACUGAAGGAAAUGAAGGGGAGAACCCUGAAGACACUAAAACUCAAGUAAUCUUGCAGUUACAGCCUGUGCAACAAGGUUUGUUUAUCGAUGGACACUUUUACAACAGGAUUUAUGAAGCUGGUUCUGAGAACAACACGGCAGUUGUGGCAGUAGAAACUCAUACAAUACACAAAAUUGAAGAAGGGAUUGAUGCAAGCACUAUAGAAGCAAAUGAGGAUAUGGAAAUUGCUUACCCCAUAACUUGUGGGGAGAGUAAAGCCAUUCUCCUCUGGAAGAAGUUUGUAUGUCCAGGAAUAAAUGUAAAGUGUGUCAAGUUCAAUGAUCAGUUGAUCAGCCCCAAGCAUUUUGUUCAUCUGGCUGGCAAGUCCACCCUAAAGGACUGGAAGAGAGCCAUUCGUCUGGGUGGAAUCAUGCUCAGGAAAAUGAUGGACUCUGGACAGAUUGAUUUUUACCAACAUGACAAGGUUUGCUCCAAUACCUGCAGAAGCACCAAAUUUGAUCUCCUGAUCAGCAGUGCAAGAGCUCCAGUGCCAGGACAACAGACAAGUGUGGUGCAGACACCCACUUCGGCUGAUGGUAGCAUCACACAGAUUGCCAUCUCAGAAGAGAGCAUGGAAGAGGCAGGGCUGGAAUGGAACUCGGCUCUCACUGCUGCUGUUACCAUGGCCACAGAGGAAGGUGUGAAGAAAGACUCAGAGGAAAUUUCAGAGGACACUUUGAUGUUCUGGAAAGGAAUAGCUGACGUAGGGCUGAUGGAGGAGGUUGUUUGCAAUAUACAGAAGGAAAUAGAGGAGCUACUCAGGGGAGUUCAGCAACGUCUCAUCCAGGCUCCCUUCCAGGUCACAGAUGCUGCUGUUCUCAACAAUGUAGCACAUACAUUUGGCCUAAUGGACACAGUCAAGAAGGUUUUGGACAACAGAAGGAACCAAAUAGAGCAAGGAGAAGAGCAGUUUCUCUAUACUCUGACAGACUUGGAACGUCAGUUGGAAGAGCAAAAGAAGCAAGCUCAGGAUCACAGGCUGAAAUCCCAAACAGUUCAAAAUGUGGUACUAAUGCCUGUCAGCACUCCUAAGCCUCCCAAAAGGCCCCGGCUCCAGCGGCCAGCUUCCACCACCAUCCUGAGCCCUUCUCCUCCUGUCCAGCAGCCUCAGUUCACAGUCAUCUCACCCAUCACCAUCACCCCAAUGGGUCAGUCAUUUUCCAUGGGCAAUAUUCCAGUGGCCACCCUCAGCCAGGGCUCUAGUCCUGUGACUGUCCACACACUGCCUUCUGGCCCUCAGCUCUUCCGCUAUGCCACAGUGGUCUCCUCUGCCAAGAGCAGCUCACCAGACACAGUGACCAUCCACCCUUCGUCUAGCCUAGCGCUGCUAAGCUCCACCACCAUGCAGGAUGGGAGUACCCUGGGCAACAUGACCACCAUGGUGAGCCCUGUGGAGUUGGUAGCCAUGGAGUCUGGCCUGACCUCAGCAAUCCAGGCUGUUGAAAGCACCUCGGAGGAUGGGCAGACCAUCAUUGAGAUUGACCCGGCCCCAGACCCAGAGGCUGAGGAUACUGAGGGCAAAGCAGUCAUUUUGGAGACAGAGCUGAGGACUGAGGAGAAAGUUGUGGCUGAGAUGGAAGAACACCAGCAUCAAGUCCACAAUGUGGAGAUUGUGGUCUUAGAGGAUUGAUAGGAUCUCAGGGCCAGGAGAUAUGUUUUGGCUUGGAAUUUUAAUUAUUUGUUUAUUUUUAUCAUUGUCCCACUCAUUUCCAUAUAGGAUCCUUUUUGUUUUAAACAAAAUCUCGUUGUUAUAACUGAAAAUGUUGGGUCCCUCCCACCCCUCAUUGAAAAAUGGACAAAAAUAAGCUAAGCUGUCUUUCCAGAAGUUGAGAGUAGGUCACUCAAUAUUCCUAAUACUCUUACACCAAGAAAGUUAUUUCUUUUAGGGGAGGCAUCAGGAUAACCAGGAACCCUGUCCAGAAAGCCCUUUCCAGGCUAGUCUAUCUGUGUAUGCACGCAGUUUUAUUUUUAUAAAGGUGCAUUGACCAAACAAUGGAACACAGAUCUGACAUUGGAAUGCAAUCCACUUACAUGUGGUUGCAGAAGGAUACUUUAUUUGUAUCCUGGAAAGGGCCCUAGAGGCUAGUGCAAAACUCUACAACAAAAGGAAGUUGAACUCCACUUGAAGGGGAAGGUAGCAUAUCAGCAGCUGCUUAAAAAGGGAAGUGCUUUGGCUAGGAUGGGGCAAGGAAAUUAUCUCACUUCCAGAAGUACAACUGAUGCUUCUUGAUAACUCUGAGGGUUACCACCAUGGGUGCCAUUUUGAGGGGAGGCCAUGAUAAGUGGAAGCGUACAUCUCCACAAAGCAAAUGUCAUCAGUGGCCUGUGGCUUUGCAAAAGUAGAAAUCCAGAGAUGUCACGGCUGUGCUUUGGGAUUUAAGCUCACAUUGCCCCCCCUAUGUUGUCAAAACACUUACCCUUCUAAACUAGGAUCAGUCCAUUUAUUAGCAGACUGUGAUGUGGUGUAAACUGCUUAGUUUUGGACCUUGGCUGUCAUGGGGGUGGGGCUCCAAUGCCAUCAUUUUUAUUGCAUGACUCCAGGAGCAGGGGAGUUCCUCAUCCAGACCAGCUGCCCUUUUUGGUGGGGCCCUAUUUUGGUUUUGGAACCAAAAGCAACCACUCAUUUGGUGCUUCCUCUUGUUCUGCCCUCCAUCCCUCAACUGUUAAUGGCAUCUGUCUCCUGGAUGCCAUGCUCUUCAGCUUUUUGGCUGAUUUGGAGAACAGUGACAGGUGCCUGCCUUCUUUCCUCCCCUUUUAGAUUCAUUUAUACCAUUCAUACCACAGAUGUUUCUGUGAGAUAUUGAACUUACAAAAAAAUUUUAGGCUUGGCAGGGAAGACUCAACACCUCCAGCCUAUCAUGAGGCACUGAGUGGAUGUCUCCUCCUGAGCGAGCUGGACUCCCUGGGAAAGAAGCAUUGUCUGCAACAUUAUAUUAUAGGAAAUGUACUGGGAAUGUCAAUAUUAAUGUCUUUGGUGGGGGGGUUAUUUUGUUUUCUCUCUUUUAUGUUUGUAUAUUUAGAGCUGGGCCAUUUCUGUGCUGUGAUUCCUUCUCUUUGACCAUCUUCAGUGUUUGGGGCAAGAGUCUACCCUAGUUUUCAUUUCUUUGAUUGCGUUGUUUACUGAACUAGGAAAAAUAGAGGGAAACUACAGAUAAUUUAAAGGAAAGGUCAAAAAAGAAAGCACACACCUUACGAGUGGGAGUUUUUUUUUCCCCCCCAUUAAAAGCAAAACUUUGACCUGUAGUUUCCUUUUUUUUUCUUUUUUUUUUAAGGAAGGCACUCACUUGAAGCCAUGUUUCUUCCAACAAAUGUUGGAAACCCUGUUGUCAAGCAAGUGAAAACUGUUCUGCUAUCCCUCAGAUGGCUGUGCAUAGUUAGAGAAGCCCUCUGAUUUAGGAGGGUCAAUCUUAAAGGCCUUAAGGGUGAGAUUUCUGAACCCCAUACAGUUAUGGCUUUCAGCUUUAAAAUUGUUUGGGGUUUUAUUUUUCUUUUCAAAAUAUUUAAUAGAGGUAGAAAUCAGGUUACAACAAAUGGGGCCUUUAUAUGUAAUCUUUAGUGAGGGAAGUAGCUUUUAUUUCUUGUUUAAGUUUUCUGUUGGUACAUAAAAACAGACUUCUAAGCCUACAACUGCUCCUUGAACCUAGAAAAGCACAUGUCAUCCCUAUUGUGAUUUUUAGGGACACUUCUCUUUCCCAGAGAUGAGAGGCCCAAUUCAGGAUAGAGGAGGAGCCCUAGAGAACAUCUACACGCUAGAAAGUUUCCUUUCUUUCCUCUGUCAGCUGUUGAUACUGUUUUAUAAGUAGCAUGAGCAUCAUGCUUCUAAAGUCAAGAGAUCUAAGGACAGAGCCUGUUUACGUUCACUAUCUGAAUAUUGCGGCUGGUAGAAAUACAUGAACCUUGUUGUUUUCCUGGUCUUCCAAUAGCCUGUCGUUAUUGCUAGAUGCUAUUGCACCUUUUGAGGGGGCAUGUCCUCACAGCCCUGGUCUAGAUGAUCUCAGAUGGGGCAAGACAUAUGCAAUCCAUUGGUAUGUGCACAAGUAGUUGCAAUGAGUCAUUCCUCAGGCUGACUUGGCAGUAGCCAUCUAUCUUUCUGUUUAUUCAUUAAAUAAACAUUUGUUAAGUACCAUC